AAGGGUGUUAAACUAAGCUUUAGUAGGAGAGGAAAAAUAAAAUAAAAUAAAAAGAAAAACUUACAAAUUUGCUGUGCUCCUGAAAAUCGUAUAAGAUUGUAACAUAGCUUGAGAGUUUUGUGCAACGUUUAAUUGUUAAACUUUUUAAUCGACACAGCUUAUAGCAUGUCGACACAAGAAGAAAUUCAAGAGCCGCGCACCAAAUCAUUUUUUUGUCAUUCAUGUCAAAAUGAAUUCAGAAAGAAUCCUGAUCAAGACUUCACCUGCUCGACAUGUUCAAGUGAAUUUAUUGAAGAGCUGCCCGAAAGCAGCUUAAAUCCAAAUGCUGAUGAACAAGAUGAAUCACAAUUUAUGCGUGGUGUUUUCAAUGAUUUUUCUAUGGGACCUUUUGACAUGUCAUCAGGCAAUAACAAUACUCCAUACUAUAGAAUUGCAAAUGAAAUUUUAGGCCCUAUAAUAACUGGUAGUCUUGGAGGUUUAGCUAGCACAAGCAGCAAUAACAGUGAGCCAUCUGAUGGAAGCUCAACUAGUAAUGGAUCUUCGCAAACAAAUGGAAGUCGAAGACGUGGCCAAAGGCGACAAGGUCCAAUAAAUUUCGAAGAAAUAUUGCAAGAGAUUCUAGUUUCGAUUACUGAUGGUCCGAAUUCAGGACGUACUCCAAUGUUCUUUAUGGGAAAUCCUGGCGAUUAUGCUUGGGGUCGGGAAGGAUUGGACACAAUUGUCACGCAACUACUAAAUCAAAUGGACAACGCAGGCCCUCCACCGUUAGAUCAAGAAAAAAUCGCAGAAAUUCCCAAAUGUGAAAUCGUACAAGAACAGAUUGAUUCAAAGUUACAGUGCAGUGUGUGCUGGGAGGACUUUCAAUUGAAAGAAAUCGUCCGCCAACUCCCUUGCUCACACGUUUAUCAUGAGCCGUGCAUCUUACCAUGGUUAAAGCUUCACGGCACCUGCCCUAUUUGUAGGAAAUUGUUAGCACCCGAAGACGAAGGCAAUGCCAAUAAUGCCGCUGCUCAAGUAGCAACACAAUUGCGCUUUUCUAUCGGCAAUCAAGCAUCCUCUAGUCAAGAAGCUAACAAUGCAUCAAUGGAUACAACCAAUCAUAGUUCCAAUUCAAAUGAAAAUCCAUCAGGAAGUUCCUCAAAUAGACGACGUGACGACAUUGAAUUUGAUUUCGAUUAGUCCACCUUCAAUUAUUGUUUAACAAAAAAAGUUUUCAAAGUUAAAAUUUAUUUUUGCUUGAAACGUUUAAAUAAGAAGAAAGAUCACAAAAGGGAAUGACAUGUAAUCAGAUUGAUCGUAUUUUUAAAUUGAUUGAUUGGAAUUUAUUUCAUAAAAACAUGAUUAAAUAAUUUAAAUGAUAAUAAAUGAAAUCUAAUGCGGCUUUGUAAAAAAUAAUAAAAAAAUGUCAUGACUUUUGAUUGGAUUUAUUUAACAUUUGAAAGACUUCUUGAUAAUAUUUUGGAAAAAACAAGAAAGAUUUUCUAUAAAUAUUUGAGAUUUUUAUAAGGCAAUCAACUUUAUCAUUUCAACUUUUAUCUUUACGAUAAAAACUACAUCAGUGCAGUAAAUUACAAUAAUCAUACCUACAUUAAAACAAAAUAAAAAAU